CAAAUCGAGUGGCUCUUAGUUGAUCUGCAGUGCACUUUUCGGUCGCUUCCCCAUGAAGGUUUCCCACUUUUUCUCUCCCCUUCUCCUGGCAGCGGUUCUCCACGGUGGGGCGGCUCAUGCAGCCACGAGCCAGAAGGUGGCGUGUGCGUGUCAAGGCCUGCCUUCAGUCGUCUACCCCAAGGACGACAGCUAUCCGAAUCUGACGACUGCUUAUUGGGAUGUCCGGGCGAACCUCUCUCCCUCCUGCAUUUUUCUGCCCCAGUCGGCCGACGAUGUGGCAUCUGCGCUCAGGACAUUGCACGAAUGCGAUUCUACAUUUGCCAUCCGAGGCGGAGGGCACAUGAACUUUCCAGGCUCCAAUGGCAUCGAAGAAGGCGUACUCGUUUCACUCGAACACAUGAAUGCGAUAUCGUACAACGAGCGAACCAAGACGGUCAACGUGGCACCGGGCGCACGGUGGGUCGACGUCUACACUUCGCUCGAUCGUGUGGGGCGCUACACGAUUGGAGGACGUCUCAAGACGAUCGGCGUACCCGGACUGACGCUCAUUGGGGGCUACCACUACUUUAUAAACAAGUAUGGCUUCACGAUGGACAACGUCGUCAGCUACGAGGCUGUGCUCGGAAACGGCACCAAGGUUGUCGCCAGCCGCACGAGCCAUCCGGAUCUAUUCUGGGGACUGAAGGGGAGCGCCAAUAAUCUCGCUCUUGUCACCAACUUUGAGUUCUCAACCUACCCCAUCGCCCGUCUUUCGACUACCAUUCAGACUUUUGCAGACGACGAGAUCGAGAACUUUCUCGACGCAACCGUGGACUUUCUAAAGAAGAGCGACUCCAGCGUUGGCGCAGGCGGCAUCUUUACAAUCUCGCUCAACAGCUCGACUGGACUGUUCUCCGCCUCGCUCCUCGGCGCACAGGAGGGCACCAGCUCGCCCCCAUCGAAGUUCGGCAGCUUCUCCCGGCUCAACGCGACGCUACGACGGAACGCGGUCCUGAGACCUGUUGAGUGGCACUCGCAGUUUGACACGCCGUUCCAAGCGCAGCGCAUCCAAUUUGUAUCGCACACGAUGAAGCCCAGCAAAACGCAGCUGCGUUACCUCUACAGAGAGUGGAGAAAGGCUAUUCUCGACAUCGGAGACGUUCAGGGUCUCUAUGGCACUUUUGUCGUCAAUCUGACGCCGAAGAGUGCGAUUGCAGUCGGCAAGCGCAAUGGGGUUGGCAACCUGUGGGAGGACGCUUUGGACGAGGAGGAUCUGCUCAUUUGGCAGUUUGCCACCUCAUGGGCCGCGGCAUCCGACGAUCUCCGUAUGUCGGCCUGGUCGGAGACGCUCGCUGCUCGGCUCCACGCGGAGAACAGAGCCAAGGACUUGGCACACCCACUGCUAUACAUGGGCGACGCCGGUGAAUUCCAGAACCCGUUCCAGACUUUUUUCUCGGCCAAUACCCUCCGGCGGCUUCGGAAAAUUCGCAAAGAGUACGACCCGGUGUUGGUCUUCACCCGCAAUGUCUGGGGAGGCUUCAAGAUGGGUUUCUGAGCGCGUCUACUCUUUUGCUGUACGGUAUCUUCUGCCUCUUAGAAUCUCGCGUAAAGCAGCGAUGCUUACGACAUCCAUCGGGUCAUCAACUAAUCCCUCAAAGCUUUCACGAGCUUUUGGGCUUUGCUCUCUUCUGUCCCGCCUCGAAGGUGACCUGUGCUAUCUUCUUUCCUUUGAACAUCGGCUGGAAUGUCCAUUAUGAGAG